AUGGACCGCGAGUUCGAGGAAUACGAGAACGCCAUCAUCGCGCAGUCCGUGAGCGCAGAGGCGGCCUCGUACGCCUGGUAUCUCGCGCGCGCGUGCAAGGAGGCCUGCGCUAGCCCCGGGCAGCGAAGCGCGUGGAACGGCCCCGACGUCGAUGCUGCCGUGGCUCCGUGGUCGGUGCUGCUCUCGGCGGCGUCUCCGCUCGGCGCGCACUGCAUGGUGCGGCUGCGUGGCACCUGCAUCGCGCUGCGCGGCGGCGUCAACACGCCCUCCUUCCUCGAGCGCAUGCUGGAGUCUGCCGGCUGCUGCGGCGACCUGCGGCGCACCCGUGCCUCCGUCCGCGUCUCGCCUUGGCGAGAGCUCGACGUGGUCGGCCUGUUCAGCUUGUGGGCGAGGGUGAAGCGGCAGCGCGACCUGCUCGAGGCGCUCGGCCGCGCGGGCGGCGUGGUGGCGGGCGGCUUCGCGCUGCAGCGCUUGCUGCUGAUCAGCGAGGGGGCUGCGCUCGGCGCGCGCGGCCCGCCCCGCUCAGCGACCGCGACGAGCGCCGUGGCGGGCGGAAGCACUGCGGCGGCAGACCUGCCGUUUGCCGCCGUGUCGAACGCCGACGAGGAGCACUUCCCCUUCAGUGUCGGCGAGCAGGCGCCUGGCAGCUAG